GGUGUCCUCUGUGUCCAGGGGAAGACGGUGGUCCAGGCUGAGAUCGAUGCUGCUGCUGAACUGAUCGACUUCUUCAGGUUUAACGCCAAACACGCCAUUGAACUGCAGAACCAGCAGCCGCUGGACGCUGCUGAGAGCACCAACACCAUGCUGUACCGGGGCCUGGAGGGUUUCGUUGCUGCUGUGGCUCCGUUUAACUUCACUGCGAUCGGAGGAAACUUGGCAGGAACUCCAGCUGUGAUGGGGAACGUGGUUCUGUGGAAGCCCAGUGACACCGCCAUGUCUGCCAGCUACGCCGUCUACAGAGUCCUGAGGGAGUCCGGUCUGCCGCCAAACAUCAUCCAGUUCCUCCCGGCCGACGGUCCGGUUUUUGGAGACGCGGUCACCUCCUCGGAGCACCUGGCCGGCAUCAACUUCACCGGCAGUGUUCCGACCUUCAAGCGUCUGUGGAAGCAGGUCGCCCAGAACGUGGACACCUACAGAACCUUCCCUCGGCUGGCAGGAGAAUGCGGAGGGAAGAACUUCCACUUCGUCCACUCGUCUGCCGACAUCCAGAGCGUCGUCAUGGGAACCAUCCGCUCAGCCUUUGAGUUCGGAGGUCAGAAAUGUUCAGCCUGUUCCAGGAUGUACGUCCCCGACAGCCUGUGGCCCCAGAUCAGACAGAAGAUGGUGGACGUCCUCAGAGAUGUCAGAGUGGGAGACCCGGUGGAGGACUUCGGCACCUUCUUCUCUGCUGUGAUCGACGACAAGUCCUUUGCUCGGAUAAAGAGGUGGCUGGAACACGCCAAGUCUUCUCCAAACCUGACGGUGAUCUCUGGAGGAACCUGUGACGACUCCAAGGGUUACUUUGUGGAACCGACCAUUGUCGAGACCCGAGACCCUCAGGAUGCCAUCAUGAACGAGGAGAUCUUCGGGCCGGUCCUCACUGUCUACGUCUAUCCAGAGAAGGACUACCAGAAGGUUCUGCAGCUGAUCGACAGAACAUCUCCGUACGCUCUGACUGGAGCCGUGUUCGCUAAGGACCAGAAGGUGAUCAGCGAUGCGGCCGAAGCUCUGAGGAACGCUGCAGGAAACUACUACGUCAACGACAAGUCCACCGGCUCCAUCGUGGCCCAGCAGCCGUUUGGAGGCGCAAGAGCUUCAGGCACCAACGACAAACCUGGAGGUCCACAUUAUGUCCUGAGGUGGACAUCUCCUCAGGUGGUGAAGGAGACUCAUGUCCCCCUGACAGAGUGGAAGUACCCCUACAUGGGCUGAGGAGGUCCAGAGGAGGUCCAGAGGAGGUCCAGAGGAGCUCCAGAAGGUUACCCUGACCUGAAGCAGUCCUUCUAUCCUCCAUCCGUCCCUCAGCAGAUGGUUUCUUCUUAGAUUUCUCUGAGACUCUUUGCACUGAACCUGGACGUCCUCCAUGAUCAGAUCUAAACAUCUAAACACUGGUUCCAUCCAUCACUGACUAAAGGUCUAUCGCUGCUGUUCUCACACAAAGUGCUGCUGUUCAAAUAGAAAUAGUUUAAUUAUUAAUCUGCUAUCGAUCAAUCAGUGAUAGCUGAUCAAUGAUUUAGAUGAUUUCUGUUUUUAUUCUGUCUUCCAUCAGAACAAUCAGGAGCGCUGAUUUUAAAAUUCAUUAAUGAAAAGCCGCCACAUUCAUCAAUAAUUCAUCAGAAGCCAGGUCCUGUCCUCUGACUGUUCAGGAAUCAAUAAUCUGUCGUGUUUCUGAUCAGUUAAUUGAUUUCCAGAUGAAUGAAUCAGAUUAAUGGUAGCUGGAGUAAAAUCCUGAUUUUAUUUGUUCCAGACGAAGAAUUUAAAACUUUAGCCUGAACUGAUGAAGAGUUUCGUUCCUGAAUCUGUCCUGAUCCAAAGUUGAUCUAACGUUGAUCUACGUUGAUCUAAUGUUAGUCCAACGUUCUUGUCGUGUCUCCUAGUUUUCUGGCAGCAGUUUGUAGGUUUUUGAAUGUUUCAGGUGAUGUAAUAUAUUUUCAGACCGCUCCUGCCUUAGUAACUGUAAAUUCUGAUCAAUAAUUUUUGACAAUAAAUAUUAAAUUAUUAAAAUCUAA